AUUGACAUUAAAGAACCAAAUUCUCUUUUCUUUUCUUUAAUAUUAUUCAUUGGAGAUAUGGUAAAAUGGCUUAUGCACUUAUGCCUAUCACCGAAAUUGGUUUAUUCCAUCGUAAUUUUUGGUCAUAAAGCCGUUUCAAGAAAAGAAAAAAAGGAUUUCAGAAGACGACCAAACACUACUAUGGAUGAGGAAGAAGUAGAAGUUUGGGGUGGAGCAUCGAGAGGAUGUAGCCACACUCACAGUUGUAACCCUCCAGGACCAGAUGAUGCUUCUCACUCCCACACAUGCUUCCACACUCAUACUCAUCUCAUCAUCCCUGAUCAGCAAGAGAAUGAUCAUUCUGACAGCAGCAACAAGAAACGGUCGUGUGGGAACAGAGAGGCAGUGAGGAAGUACAGAGAGAAGAAAAAGGCUCGCACCGCCUACCUUGAAGACGAAGUUAAGAGAUUGGAAACUCUGAAUGAACAUUUGGUUAGAAAGCUUCAGAGCCAAGCAAUUGUGGAAGCCGAACUCAUCAGACUCCGGACUCUUUUGGUAGAGAUGCAGGAGAAGAUUGAUGGUGAACUUGGUGGUUUCUCGAAUCAGAAGCAAAACAAGCAAUGCACCGAUUUUGUGUUCAAAGAAGAUGGAUGCAGUGUAGCAACAAGUAAUAUAUUAUGUGAAGCGGCAAGAGUGGAGUGCGAGGAUGGCCAAACACUUCAUGAUGCUGCCAUUCACUCCUUUGUUCCUCAUUCACCACCAUUCUCACAUUAAGCUUUUACGGGUUGUGGUAUUGUGUAUAUAUAUUCAUAUGGGAUUUAAAUUAGGGAUUUAAAGGUUGGAGUCCAAUAUAGUUAAUAUAUAGUUAUAUACACAGAUUGUAACUUACUCCACACAUGUCUACUUUAAGGGUACCAAAACAUAUUGAUGUAGAUUUGAUAUGAAACGAAGAGGAGGGGGGUUGUGAA